AUGCUGGUGGUGGACCAGGUGCGCGAGAUGCGGCGCGAGAACGAGCGACUCCACGACACCAUCGCCCAGCUGCGCGCCAUGCAGAAGAAGACCGAGCGCAGGCUGGCGCGCGUGGAGCAGGACCAACAGCAGACGCGCACUGAGACCGAGCGCAGGCUGGCGCGCGUGGAGCAAGAUCAUCAGACCAUCAAGAGCCGCCAGCUCGCGCAGACAGGCAUCGAGAUCAACCAGAAGAGUGACAUAACCCACCGACUUGACCACGUCCACACCUACACAAGCCCUGCGUGCCCGCCGUCGCCCUCGUCCUCGCUGGUGGUGGCGGCUGCGCGACCACCAAUCCCACCGCAAUUGGACUCCCACUCGUCUUCGUGCGUUGGCGUGCCGCUCGCCGCGGCCGCGGCGCCCACAACGUCGCGAGCCGAAGUGGAGCGGUUCAUCGCGCAGACGCUUCCGUUUCUGCGGGCGUUCGACCAGUCUUCGCUCAUCAUCUGCGACUUGCGACGUCCUUUCGUCGUCAUGCAUAUGAAUGAGGUCGAGGCGCUCGAUGACCUGGUGCCCAUCAUCGUCUACGCGUCACCGUCACUGUGCAAGCUCCUCAGCUACGACCAGUUUGAGAUGCACGGCUCGCCGAUAUCUUCGUUCGGCAUGGUGGACCAGGAGUUUUUGCCAAUGCUCGUGCAAAUAGUGCUGAUGCCGUCGCCCACGCCCGUCGGCCAGCCACUCUGGACGACCACCAUGUUAGACACGAAACAUGGGCGCAGCAUGCGGGUCUCCACCCAGCAGCAAUACCUCUUCAACCAACGACGGAUGGCGCAAUGGGUCAUCAUGCAGGUGGACAGCGUUCUCGAAAUGGAUCUAGACUCAACGCCGCUCAUUACGCCGCGCCCUAGCGACGUCGUAAACGAACUCACUGCCCGAGCGAUUGCCCGAGUGCAAUUGCUCGCGCGGCUGCCACAGGCCCUGUUGCUUGGGCGCCGCGGCCGCGGCCGCGAGUUGACAACCACCACCAGACGGCCCGGUGCUACACACCACCACCGAGAUUCGCACCGCCAGGCGUUCGUUGAGCAGGCCGGCGUGGUCGGAGAGCGCACGACGCAGAAGGAGGAAGCUCCGACGGCCGUCGCGCGGACGGGCCAACAAGACCCUGGACUCCGCGCAGAUGCCGAACUGGAGGAGCUCAUCCGAGUACUCGGCCGGUCGCUGAGCCAGAGGAGCGGCGGCUUGCGUUCGCCGCAGAUGCUGGGCUUCACCCCGCGCACGCCGCCCACACCCUCCAGUCUCGCCGAGAGGUGGAUGCGCUGA